AUGAGACCUCUCAGCGCUACCGUGCGCGCUGCUUGUGCUUCCAUAGCAUCUGGCUCUCGCGCACGCGCGCUCCAUACUGUCCAGCCAUGCCUGGCACAGGUGUCUCCCCCACUCCCCUUCUCCUGGUCGCACCUCAAACCUGACGAUCAGGCCCGCAGUGGCAGCAGCGACUCUCUGUCAUCAACUGCCACGUCGUCGAUCCUACAAGAUCACCGAGCAUCUGUACAGCAGAAACGAGAGCGCAAGCUCCGGGAAUACGAGGCCAAGAUCAAGGUCAAGGCAAUGCAAAAGGGCUUGUCCACCGAAGAGUUCAAGCGUCGAUCCCUGGAAUUCGCCGCGGCGAAGCCGAGCCAGCCUGCGUCACCUUCGAUGAAGGCAAAAACAUCCGCCGGAACAAAUCAGGGGGCAGCAGAGUCACUGACCGAGGUGGAAAGACGGGAUCGUGCGAUAGCACAGUCGAUUCAAGAGCGAUCCGACGCAGAAGCCGCCAAGAAGCUUGCGUCCGGUCAGAUUCAUUCUACGCCCACGGGCGCACAAGAAGGCCCCAUCAAGCCUCUCAGCAAGAUUAUCGACGUUGAAAAGCUCGCUACACAGGACAAGGAGACGAUCACCAAGCUCUGGGCAGGUUAUCACACCAUCAAGAACAAACUUUCGGCAGUAAUCCCAACAGAAAAGUACCUCGAGAUGCUCGCCAACGCUCGCAGGUAUCCCCAAUUUGUUCUUCCCCUUCCGCGUGAAGUGAUCGAUGAGCACUCGGAAUCAGCAGGCACCUCCAAGGAGGCUUUCGAGAUGCAGUUCCUAGAGUGGGCCGUCAUUCCGAAUGCGGUCGUCAACGGCGCGCCUCCAUCCGCCACCACCCUCUUCACGCCUCUGGCCGAGUACAAGCUCAAGCAAGAUUUCAGCCAACCGGUGCUCAUCCUUACCUUCUACACGGAUCUUUGUCAGAGCAACGGUCUGGUGCUCAUGAGGGGAGAAGUCACCGGUCUCAACGAAAAGACGGGCAAGGGAGGGCGCAUCGACCAGGCGCAAGCACAGCUGCUGGCGCUCACGCUCCAGCGCUUCUACCUGCCCUCUUCCUCCAGUGGAGCAUCCGACGCCGGAAACGAUCAGUCCGCUUGCGCAAAGCUCCUGCAUGACUUCCACAAGAGACCAGAAGAGUUUGAUGUCGAAGAGCUUGUCAAUGUAGCCUUCCGUCUUUGA